AUGUCUGUAAUCAAAAAGCAUCUAAAUGAUCGACUAGAGGAAGGUGAUUGGGUUGACGCUAUUAUAUGGAACAAUGAGAAACCGGAUCCAGCGUCUAUGAGGAUUAUGCUAGAUCUAAAUGAUCCGAAUAUGCUCUUUGACUGCGAGGAAGUUGAAGCAACCAAGGCUCAAUUGAUAGAGCCAAAACAUAUUCCUAUUGUAUAUAACACAGAACCCGAACCUCACAGCAAGCUGCCUCUUAAUCCCUUUAAUCUUUCCAACGAUCGUCAUUAUGAAAUGCAUCUGGCUGGAAGAUUGGUUCGUGUACGACAGACUCUCGGUGAACUUAUUGUCCAACACGCUUUACCAGCUUCUAAAUUGCACCCUGCUUUGUAUAAAACCCGUCUUUCCAAGGCUGAAUUGCGCUCUUUCCAUCGUCCAAUGAUGCAACUUCCAGUUGGUUCAGAUAUUAUAUUCUCACGCGUCAGAGUUAGCAAAAGGAAGAAAAAGGAUAAAAAGAAGGGCCCACCAGAAGUCCUCAGAACAACCAAGGAAUUGACACUAAAAGACAACUCGCCUUUUGUGUUGAUGGAAUAUUCGCCGAAGGAUGAACACGUUCCAAAUAGCGAUAUUGGCGAGCCUUUUGUUCUUGAUAUCGGAGAUACUUCUCCUUUUCUUAAUUUUGGUAAUGUGGAGCCUGGACAGACAAUGUCUGUGCUUUAUAACAAUCUUAUCCGAGCACCUCUUUUCCGACACGAUGUGAAGCACACUGAUUUUCUACUUGUCAAAAGUACUCACAACAACAUAACUAAAUAUUACAUCCGCGAAAUUCCGGCAAUGUUUGCUAUUGGCCAAACUUAUCCUGUACAAGAAGUACCAGGACCUCACUCGCGAAGAGUAACCACAACAAUUAAGAACAGACUCCAAGUGGUAGCUUACCGUUUGAUUAAAAAAAAUCCUCUCCACCGACUGAAAAUGAGCAGAUUAGCGCAAAAAUUUCCAGAGUAUUCUGAUCUGCAAGUACGACAGCGACUCAAGGAGUUUUUGGAGUUCCAUCGUCGAAGUAAAGAUGGUGGUGGCGGAUACUGGAAAACACGUGGUGGAGGUGAUCCACCGAAUGAAGAAGCGCUGCGUAAGAUGGCAACACCAGAGAUGGUUUGUCUAUAUGAGAGUAUGCUAGUAGGAGAGCGCCACUUGCAAGAUCUUGGUUAUGGUGAUGUAAACGACGAGGAUGAAACUGGAGAAGGAGACUCGAAACUGGAAGUAGAGCAGCAGUUAGCACCCUGGUUUGCUACUCGCAAUUUCAUCAAUGCUACUCAAGGAAAGGCAAUGCUUAAGCUAUACGGAGCUGGUGAUCCGACAGGCAGAGGAGAGGGUUUCAGUUUCAUUCGAGUGUCAAUGAAAGAUAUCUUUUUACGUCAAGGAGAAUCUGCUGAAGAAAAACUAGCACAAAUUGAGGCAAGACCAAAAAGUGCACAUCGUUACAACGUUGCCGAGCAGCAGCAAAUCUACAGAGAGGAGGCAAGUCUUUGGAUUUUAUCAAUUGCACGUAUUUGGAAAGCCCAGUUGGACUCACUUAGUAAUAAGGCCGAACCUAAUUUAUCUGAUCACGAAGGGGAUGAAGAUAGUGAAUUGGAUGAGCGCGAACCAGCUAGCCCAUCCAUGCGUUUGAUUCGUCAGAAGAAUGGUGAAAAGACGUGGCAACAAGAGGUCGUGAGGGAUCCCGUUGUGAUCAAAUCUUACUUGCGUCAACGACAAAUGAUUGAAGAAGAGGCUACAAGCGCUGAGGCAUUGGAGCCUACAGACGAUGUUGAAAAGAAUGCACGAAUGAAGAAACGUAUCCAAGAUCAACUUGCCAAAUUGAAGCGUAACGCUGAGCGUCGUCGCCAGAGGCAGUUGGCAAAACAAGCAGGAUUGGCAGAAAAUCCAGUCCUAGGCCUUAUUCGCGGAAAACGAGAGGGCGCAAUGCGUAAAUGUGGCAACUGUGGCCAGCUGGGUCAUAUGAAGACCAACAAAAGUUGUCCAAUGUACUACAUUGUCAAUAAUCCUGCAAAUGCUCCACAAAAUGCCGCAACACCCGCACCAACCACUCCACAGGCAACAACAGACUCCCCAGCACCUUGAAAAUAUACACAAUUUAUUUUCGUCGUCGUCGUCUUCUUCUUUAGGGGGAAAGCAUAUAAAUUUAGCACUUUUCCCUCAUUCACAUACAUCCACAUGCAUUCUAUCAUUCUCUGAUUGGAUAAACUGCGUUAUUUUUGAGAACAUUCAUAAUACAAAAGACGCAAUUCUUAAUUUGGAACAAAAAAUAAGCACUGCAAAACAACUCUUUGUCCCUCAUAAAUAUAAUCACAAAAGCAAAUCUCUUGCUAAAAUUAUAAUC